UGGGAUUCCCUGAGGACUGGGUUGGGAAACACUGCCAUAGCACCCAGUGCACAACAGCAAAAUGUGUCCUGCAUUUAACCCUCAUGUCACAUCGUGGCAUGGCAGGGGCGGCUAAUUCAGCGCUUAGGGAGCAGUGCUUGGGGAUGGUAUCUUGCUCAGGGUACUUCAGUGGUACUUUGAUAGUUGGGGAUUAAACCCAGCAAUCUUAAUUUCAAGUGCACAUCUCUAACUGCUAAACCGCUAAACCACUCACCAUGGAGAAACCGCUAACUUUAAGCAAACCAAACUGAAUGUCUGAGGUUUAAAUAAGACCGGCUCCUCCAAAUUACUGUAAUGAUGUUCUGAUCAUUUGUACUGUUGUGGGGCACUUGCAUCUAAUUCUAGGCAUAUUAAGUAGUAAUGAAUAUGUGGGUGUCCUAAUUUUUUCCUCACAAGAAAUUACAUUUCUAUUACAUUUUACAAAUCAUUUUUAAAAGAUAUUUCUUCAGUGUUAUUUGUUUAGUUAUAUUACCUUAAAUCUCUCAGUAUUGUUAAAAUGAAGAUCACAUGUCCAUAUGUUAAAUAAAGACAGGUUUCUAUGGGGGUGUCCUGAUUGUUUUCAUGUGACUGUAUACAGUAUAUUGUCCAAUGGGAUAGUUUGUCUGAACACUAAGCAUGCAAUAGCAAUAGUAAAUGACUUAACUAUGCUGAAAACUAAUUGAUUACAAUUUUAAUUAUCUGAACCAUGUGGGGAUUAAAUUUACUGUAGAAAUGGCUCCAGACAAACAACAUAUAUCAGAACAGUCAUAUCUGGAAUUCAGUAUGUGUUUGACUACUUUUGAAUUUUUCAGACAUUUUGUGGUGUGGCAGUAGAAAAUACGCUUAAGUCCUAGAAGAUGAAAUGUUAUAACUACCUUAGUGGCUCAGCUUUAUCUGAAUGAUCAGACAAAAUGCAGAGAAAGUGAUUGACCAAUAUUUGCAUAUAUUGACAGGUUCACUGGAAGCAGCACAAUGACUGAUGGCGACUAUGAUUAUCUAAUUAAGCUCCUAGCUCUGGGAGAUUCUGGUGUUGGUAAGACAACCUUCCUGUACAGAUACACAGACAACAAGUUUAACCCAAAGUUCAUCACGACAGUUGGAAUAGACUUCAGGGAAAAACGGGUGGUUUACACUGCAACAAGCCCCUGUGGAACGACAGGGAAGACCUUUAAAGUGCACCUGCAACUCUGGGACACCGCAGGACAAGAGAGAUUCAGGAGUCUCACAACUGCGUUCUUCAGGGAUGCAAUGGGGUUCCUGCUCAUGUUUGAUCUCACCAGCCAACAGAGCUUUCUGAAUGUCAGGAACUGGAUGAGCCAGCUCCAAGCGAAUGCAUACUGUGAAAAUCCAGACAUAGUAUUAGUAGGAAAUAAGGCAGACCUGGCUGAUCAGAGAGAGGUGCAGGAGAAGCAGGCUAAAGAGCUAGCAGAUAAAUACGGGAUCCCUUACUUUGAAACGAGCGCGGCGACAGGUUCCGAGGUGGAUAAAGCCGUCAUUACUCUCCUGGAUCUGGUGAUGAAGCGCAUGGAACAGUGUGUGGACAAGCCAGCUCAGGAGACAGACAGUGGGGAAGGCAUCAGCAAACUGGAAGCAAUAUCACCCAAUGAGAAGAAAUGUGCUUGUUAGCUUUUAGCUCCAUAUUGGUUUGCUGGGUUUCCCAAACCUGUACAGGCACCACAGCAGAUGUAUAGUUUGAUUAGACACAAACACACAUUCAGGCAUGACAACAGGCUACUUCAAUUAAUAGUCCAUUAGGAUCUCUGAUUAUUGCUAUAUACAGUUGACCCUUCCACAUCGCAGGUGUUAGGGGUGCAGGCCCCCCAUGAUUUGGGAAAAAAAAAAAACAAAGAAACAAAGAUGACUGCGAGAUGUCACGUGAAAGGCUGCUGUAAACGCACCUGGCGUUCUCCAAACCAACACUGUGCACGUAUUUGAUGCAUUUAUGAGUUACUAAACAUUUUGAUUGUCAUCUGUAACUUUCGUUAAACACCAAAAAACAAAUAAUUCUUUAUGCCGACCGUGCUAUCGAAACCGUGAUGGGGUAAGUUGUGAUGCGGAAGGGUCAACUGUAUAAAUACACUUCCUUUGCUGCCUGACUUCAUCUCUCCACAAACUACCAUUGAAUUAGCUUUAAUGUUGUUAUUUUCCCUUGUGAUUUUUGAAUGGUUAUGAAUUUUGAUCAUAAUAUGGAAAAGUGGAAAGAAAGUACUGAAGAUAAUCACAAUGAUAUCUGGAAGGUUUGUCUGACACAUGCAGUUAGUUGUUACUAAAAUGUACCCUGUUUACCCUAUCCAGUUAUCCGAGCAAGCUACUGUAGUAUAGCAACAAAUAAUUAUCAAUGGCUUUACGUUCUUUGUAGUUUUAAAAAAGUUCAGGCAGAAACCACAUAGAGCUUUUCUCAGACAUCUUAGAUUUGGCAGUAGUUAGCUUUUGUGUAUUUACAGUUGUUUAGAAAGGGUUACAUUUAUUUUUUAUUCAACUCACUUUCUAUUCAAUGCUUUAUUUUCAUAAAAAAUCACGAUACAUCUUCAAUAAGAAAUGUUCACAUCCCAGUUCAAAUUCAAAUUGUAAUUCAAACUUCAUUUGUCACAUUCCAAUUGUACACCGUAUGACUUGCAGUGAAAUGUUAUCUUUCAACACUCCGUGACUUAAACCUCAACAUUGGGAUACUUACAUAGACCAGACAGGGUCAGAUUGAAGAAAAUUACACAUAAGAGUCUAACAGUUGGGGGGGGGGGGGGGGUUACAGAUGUCACAAAGUACAGAUGUGCAGUUAUAGUAGUAUGUGCAAAUAGCACAGUAGUGCAACAGCAAGCAGAGGUAGUUCUAUAAGUAAUUAGUAGAUUUGUAAUGGGGGAGGGUGUAGCGGCCAAGUCCAGUCCUAGUGUUGCCCUGGAUAAGGAUCCGAAUGGCAGUGGGAAGAAGUUCCUCCUCAUUCUCUCUGUGUUGCCCUUCAGGCAGCAGGAGCCCGUUGUUAGGGUGGCUGAGGUCUUUCACUGCAUUGCUGGCCUGGGCUGCCAACUUUGGUCAGCUGGCUUGAGUGAGAUUUUCAAUUUGAGACAAAUCUGCACACACUUUUACAUGUAAGAGUUUUAUUACCUUGUAAAUAGUCUGUAGGGUUUGCAUACUGCCCCGAUGCUUUUGAUGUAGUUAAUUUUAGGUUUAUAAUGGAAUAAUGUAGAUUUGUGUGACCGUGAGAGUCUGAAAGUAUGGCACGCCCGAUGUUUAUGGGUUGGCAAACCCUGUCAUAUUUAACUGGAGAUGUGGCACAGCUUUUUGUUUUCCAAUUGCUAAACAUUUUCAAAAACAGUUCCUGUUAAUUUACAAAUGAAUGUAACUGUUGAUUCUUUUCAAUAUCAAGUGACAGCACAAAUAGUUAUGCAUAAAUAAUAAAAAAAUAUUUCAUACUUUAAUGCACAAUCUAAUACAGUUUUUCUGAAUUACUAAAACACCAAACCUCAUUCUUGGAACGAAACUGCCAAUUGCCGAAACUCAUUUAUUGAAUUAGUCACUUGUUUCGUGAAACAUUAAGCAGUGCUCACCUAGUUAGACACAAUGUGCAGAUCUGAGUCACCCUUUUUGCAAAACUCUAAACACAUCAUUCAUCAAAACACAUUUUGCAAUAUGGUGAAUAUUGAUCAAAAUGGAAAACACAGGUCACAAAAAUGAAGCACAGCUUGCACACAGUAAUCAUCAUUUAAACACAAUGACUCACAACUGUUCACAUACGUUUCUAAACGGGUGUAGAAGCCAAACAGUGACUAGAACCUAGAAUACAUGCCGGAUGACAGUAUCAUAGGUGAGUUGAAUUUUGACGUCAAGGUACAAAUGGGUCUCACAGAGGAUUCUUCCUGCAUCACCCAGCAAGCGGGAACAUUUCCUGUGAUGCAGUCAGUUCUCUGCCCUUUCCCAGCCAUUAGACAUGGUGAUGAGACAGAAUGAAUAUUCUUCCUUGAUUCUGGCUUGGCAGUUGCUAUGAUAUGCUGCUCAUCUGGAUUUUUUACUUUGCUCUUUACAGUAACCUUUUACAUAUCUGUUUAGUAUAAUAGCAUGCAAAAUUUUUGGUAGACGGCAGUUUUUUACUAAAUUAUUUUGGUUUCCAAUUUUGCAGCAGAACAUGCAGAAGAUCACACCCAGAGUAAAUAUUUCUCUACAUGCCAGCAACAGUUUUAGCUUGAGGUGUUUUCAGUGUUUUACUAUAGUGCUCAGUCGUGUUUAUGUACCGACUGGCUUGAUGUGUGACCUGAAUGCAGCGUUUGCUUUUGAGCAAAGAUAAUAUAGUUUUGAGAAGAUUGAUUGAUUGUUUGACGAGUCAAAGGUUUUGCGCAUGUAGCUUGAAUUUUAUGGUUUUUAUGUACUUGGUGUUUUGAGAAAAGGAAAGGAGGUUUUAGGAAAUGCGUUUUAGCAAUUCAGAAAAACUGUAAUAUAAAUGAAAAAUUGUGUAUAACCCCAUUAUUCUCUUGAGUAGGAUAUUUAAAAAUCAAAUUGUGGAUUGUGGAUACUGUAAAGUCCAUUUUAAAGCUUUGGAAUAUGGGUUUUCUUACUGUAUAAAACCAUGUAUCAUAACCAAAAUUUGAGACAGCCUUUUCUGUAUGCUGUAUAUCUUACUUUCCCUGUAACUAUUAUUUUAAUUCUAGCAAUAUUAUUUGCCCAGAUUUUUUUUUACAUUUAUGGCAUUUUUUCUGAGCUUUACUUAAUUUAUAAUUAUAACAUCACUAUCCAAAGAUUCACUGUGGCCUCACACCUCCAAGGUUGUGGAUGUUAUGCAUGUACAGUACUUGGCACUGUAUGCUACCAUUCAAAAGUUUGAGGUCACUUAAAAAUUUCCUUGAAAUUUUCAUGAAAACAUGCAUGAAAUGAGUUUGAAUAGGAAACAUAGCUCAAUAAAUAGGAAAUAGUAAUUGAAAAAGUUAGAAAUAAUCAUUUUUUAAAUUAAAAUAUUUGUAUUCUUCAAACUUUGCUUUCAUCAAAGAGUCCUCUAUUUUCAGCAAUUACAGCCUUGUAGACCUUGGGUAUUCUAGAUGUCAGUUUGUUGAGGUAAUCUGAUGAGAUUUCACCCUGUGCUUCCUGGAGUAUCUCCCACAAGUUGGAUAGUCUUGAUGGGUACUUCUUAUGUACCAUUCAGUCAAGCUGCUCCUAUAACAGCUCAAAGCUUUAUUGCUCCUUUUUCCUUGCAGUUCUGCCCAGAAGGUCGGCAUCCCGGAGUUGCCUCUUCACCGUUAUCAUUGAGACUGGUCUUUUGCAGGUACUAUUUAAUGAAGCUGCCAGUUGAAGACCCAUGAGGUGUGUGCUUCUCAAACUACACACUCUAACAUAUUUAUCCUCUCGCUCAGUUGUGCACUGGGACCUCCCCCUCCUCUUUCUGUUGUGGUUAGAGCCAGUUUGUGUUGCUCUGUGAAGGGAGCAGUACUCAGCAUUGUAUGAGAUCUUCAGUUUCCUGGCAAUUUAUCGCAUGGAAUAGCCUUUAUUUCUCAGAGCAAGACUAGACUGACAAGUUUCGGAAGAAUUUUCCUUGUUUCUGACCAUUUAAUAAACUAGCUUGCAAUCAAACCCACAAUUGCUGAUGCUCCAGACACUCAACUAUUCCAAAGAAGGCCAGUUUUAUUGUUUCCUUAAUCAGCACAAUUUUCAUCUGUGGCAACAAAAUUGCAAAAGGGUUUUCUAAUGAUCCAUUAACCUUUUAGCAAACACAACAUUCCAUUGGAUCACAGGGCUAAUUGUUGCUGAUAAUGGGCCUCUGUACACCUAUGUAGAUAUUCAGUUAAAAAUAUAAUAGUCAUUUACAACAUUAACAAUGUCUACACAGUAUUUCUGAUCAAUCUGGUGGUUUUUUAAUGGACAAAUAAACUUGCUAUUUUUUCAAAAGCAAGGAAAUUUCUAAGUGACCCCAAACUAUUGAACAGUAGCGUGCAUGCAGUUUGCGUGAAACGCCAGUCCAAGGUCAUGUUGGUAGGUGUCUCAGCUGCCCUUUGUUCGUGGCCUGUAAUGGUAUUCUUCCGGAAUAUCUGCCACAUUGUCCCAUAUACUUUCUCUCUUAGCUCUUGCUAAGCUGUUGUAGAAAAUGGAACGGAAUUCAGCUGACAGCAUGGUUUGCAUUUACUUAAUUAUUCUUAAGAACCACAGACAUCAAUUAAAAGUUGUGUAAUCUUAUAUAAAUAUUAUAAAUAUUAUUAUUAUGCAGAUUACACCACUUUCGUUUAUUUGUUACUGUUAUUAAGCACUUUAAAAAUCAAUUUAAUGAGUCGCUUGAGGACUGAUAUGUGCCAGCAGUUGUUUAAUUAUGUGCACAGUCAUGUGUGUGAACUUUUUCUGCUCGUCUGGUACCUUGCACAGCUCUCUGAUAUAGUGCUAUCAAUGAUUACAGCUUUGCUGUAAAACAUUUAUGACGUAAGAAUGAAAGUGCUACUAAUGAUCAUUUGUGACAACAUGUUUUUCACUUCGACUUACUGUAAGGUGACUAACCUUGUCUUUUACAGCAAAUUUUGAUAAAGACUCAGUGUUUGUCUAAUAUGUUACUAAUACAUUGUACAUUAUGAGUAUUUUGGCAACUGUCAUUGUUACAGAAAUUUUAUAAAAUAUCUUUAUUGUCCUGUUCAGUGGUGCUGCCCCACACCUCCAGGGUGUGGGUUCACACCCCACCUCUGCUAUCUGUCUGUGGCAUUACAUUUUCUCCCCAAACUGUGUUUUUCCUUUGGAUUAUCCAGUUUAUUCCAGGUGUCUAAAUUGCUUACAAAGUAUAAUUGUGUGUGUGUGCGUGUGUGUGUGUGUGUGUGUCUCCUGCCAUUCCAUCUAGGGUGUACCCAGUCUUGUGACCUGUGAAGUCUAGGAUGGGCUAAUUGAGCUUAAUCAGGAUAAAUGCUUAGAAGAUUGAUUGAUGGAUGGAUCUUUACUUUUCCUCCACUUCUGUUGUACCUGUAAAGCUUUUUCUAAAAACCUUUUUUUCUUUGUUUAGACAAGAAAGUGGUUUAUUUUUCUAUAACCACACACCUACAAUGGUUAAUACCACGAUUGUCUGCCAAACAUAACAUUUGUAUAUUAUAAGGUGUAUAUUAUUAACAUCAAUAUCAAGAAAAUAAAAACAUAUUCUGUAAAGACAAGAAAAAAGAAGCAAAAUUUUGGCUGGCUAGCAUGUAGAAUGUAGCUGCAAAUGAUCAUCACUGGACUCUUGUCAUGAUCAGGGUGUUUUACUUAUUGUGAAACGUAAAGAUGCAUGUUUACGUUUACGAUUGUAAAGUGGGAUUGUAAACAAGCCAAAUUCUGGAGACUCCAAGCUUGUGGAGUUUGGAUUCUCUUCUGUUGCUCUAUGGACUUGCAGAUGCUAGGGACUUUUAUGUUUCCAUUUCUCUUAAUGUAUUUGGGUUUUAGGGAGUUAUUUCAAACAUUUCCUAUAGCAUUUGGUAGGUACCCUGUAGCUUUUUAGACUGCUGUUCUUUUGGCCAGUGGAAUGUCAUUUAAUUCGGUUUUUGCAAAUAUGUUGACUUUUAUAUUUCACAAAAAUAUCAGAUGUUUGUUUCCUUAGUUUUAGUUUUGCUUAAUAUUAAUAUGACUAGUGCAGUUUGUUAUAUAGUAAUUUGAUUUUGAUUGUUACAAGUAACUGUACACUGGCACAUUUAUAUCAAACUACAACAGAGUAAUCAAAGUUCUAUCUUCUUCCAGUCUGAGCAGUAAAAGUAAAAUGAUUAACAUAUUUAUGGACCAAUCAAGACAAUGAAUAUUUAACAACUACGUGGCAUAAAUACAUUACACUUAUUUAAAGCUUUAAAAGUUGGAACUAUAUAUUUUGUUAUAUGAAAUACAAAAUAUAAUUUGUAUGUAGUGAUAUAAUAUGUUGAAUUAGAUGUCCAAAACAUUUGUUACUGAACAUAUGCAUUGCAUAUUACAAAAAAAAAACAAUAAAAAUUCUUUAAAUAUCACUAUGCCUGCAGAUUCUUGAGUGCAUGCAUUAAUUACAUUUUACCAGAGUAUAGUAUGUUUUGAUGCACCCUUUGCAUGAUUAGCUUGAGAUUCACUUUGAAAUAGUCAAAUUUGAUGUCUGUAGGCUUAAUCAAUGUAUCAGUUUAAUAUAUCAAUCUGUUUCUUUGCAGAUAAUGAAACAGCUACCAAAUACAAAAAUAAAUAAAACUACUUUGAAGAAUAAAAUAAAAGUACUUGGAAAUAAAAUGCUGGUGUUUUGUUCGAUAUCACUUGUUUGUGGGAAAUGUUGAUUUUAUUUUUUACUUUUAUUGUAAGGUUGGUUGAUGUAUAUGAGGAACACCUAAUACUGUUAUAGAUUUUACUUUAAAUGUUUGAAUGCGUAUAUGUUUUUUCCAAAUGAAUAAAGUUUGUUUGAAACGUA